AUGACGUUAAGCGAAAUCACCCCUGUCCCUGCACCAUGGAAGCUCAAGGGCGACGUCUACUUCUUCAGCUUCUGGGUGCCCAGAAAGCAGGCAGAGCAUCCUCCAACGAUCACAUACUCUCCACUCGAAGCGAACUCUUCAUUUAUUUGCCCAGAUGGUAGCCGUCCCCUUGGAGGGAUCAGCAUGAUCCAGAUCAUUCGUUACACUGAAAGUCCAGUCGGUCCCUAUGAUGAACUGAUCUUGAGUCCGGGAUUUCACGAGUAUACGAUUGAGGAGAACGGCAAACGCAUCAAAAAGAAGAAUGCAAGAAUCACCAGGAUCUACGUUUCGCAGAAGUACACAUGCUGGAAUGGGCGAAAGACAACCUUCGACUGGAAAACAAACUCCGACGGUAGCACUUCUGUGAGAGUCUUCCCUCACGACACAUCCGGUGACAUCGAAGAAACCGCGGCAAGCACCACACCUCUCUUCCAAGCCACGUUCAAGCCUAUCCCCUAUGUGCCGUCGUUCCCCCUCUCUCUUGACAUUUUGAAGUACGUUGGUGUGGAUGCAACUCUUGUUCAGCCCCCAUUGCCCCAGGGAAGUGGAAGUCAGGGGGAAUUACCAGGGACCGAUCGCUGGUGCAGCAUUGCGCCAGGUCAAAGCUCAAAGAAGACGAGUCUAGGUUGGUUCGAUAUCCGACAAGCUGAUGAAAAGGGUCGCAUUAUCGGGGAACACGAGAACUUCUGGCCUAUGCUUGGAAGAUGGCAAAUUGGCAUGAAGAUGGAGGAUUCAGUUGUUUCCUUUCCCGAACCUAAAUAUUGGGACGCACCCAAAUCGGUCCUGUAA